AUGACACAAUCAAAGGAUAUAUAUAUGGCUGAUAUGACCAAUGAUGAAAUUGAAUUAUUGAAAAGACUAGAAGAAGAGAAUAGACGUAUCGAAUAUGAUCUGAAAUCACCUACAAGUGCAAUACUUAAUCCGAUAACAAAUACACGUUCACCUGAAUUACAUCAUAACCAAGGACAACAACUAGAUUCAAUUUCUGCUGAAAUCAAUAAUUUAACUAUUGAUAAAGAUGGUAAUUUGGAAAAUGAAUUGGUUGUAUGGAAUAGAAUAAUUAAUAAUUGGACGAUAACUAUGAAAAAAAAUCCGAUAUGGAUUAAAGAUGUUAUUCGAUUUGGUGUACCAGUUCAUUUUCGUCCAUUACUUUGGCAAUGUUUAACUAAAGUUGAAACAUCGAAUGCAAAAUAUAAAUAUGCUGAAUUUAUGAAAAUGACAUCACCAUGUGAAAAAGUUAUUCGAAGAGAUAUAUCACGAACAUAUCCACAACAUGAUUUUUUUAAACAAAAACAUGGUCUUGGUCAAGAAAGUUUAUUUAAUGUGAUGAAGGCUUAUUCAUUAUAUGAUCGUGAAGUUGGUUAUUGUCAAGGUAUUGGUUUUAUUGUUGGACUUUUACUUAUGCAUAUGCCAGAAGAAGAAGCAUUUGCAGUAUUAGUAUCUAUUAUGCAAGAUUAUACAAUGCGUGAUAUGUAUAAACCUGACAUGUUUUAUUUGGGUCUUUGUAUAUAUCAACUUGAAUGUAUGAUUCAAGAAAAUUUACCUGAUCUUUAUCGACAUUUUCAAGCAGAAAAUUUUCAUACGUCAACGUUUGCAUCUAGUUGGUUUCUAACAUUGUUUACAACACAACUACCAUUAAAUAUUGUUUGUCGUACAAUGGAUCUAUUUUUAAGUGAGGGUAUGGAAGUGAUCUUUCGUAUUGGUAUCGGUCUACUUGAAAUUCAUCAAGAUGAAUUAAUGCUUUUAUCGAUGGAAGAUAUGCUUAAGUAUUUUCAAAAAGAGGUACCUGCUAAGCAUGAGACAGAUCCUGAAACAUUACUUCAACGUGCAUUUACAUUACAAUAUAAUGGUAAAAAAAUGAAAAAAUUAGAAAAAGAAUAUACAGUUAUUCGUAAAGAAGAACAAGAAGAACAAAUCGAAAUACGUAAAUUACGAAAUGAGAAUCGUUUAUUAAAACAACGAGUGGAAAAUUUAGAAAAAGAAAGUGCUACACUUGCAAAUCGAUUGAUUGAAGGUCAAGUAUUAAAUGCACAAUAUGCUGAAGAAUCUUAUCAAUUAAAACGAGAAAAUUGUACUUUAAAAAAACAGAUUGAUGAAAUCAAUUGUUUAAAUAUCAAUAAUAAUCAUAAUACUUAUAUUAAUAAUAAUACAAUUGAAACAAAAAAUUUAAAUUCAUCAGAUUUUCUCGUAACAUCAAAUAAUAAUGAAUUAGAUGUUUUACGUGAAACAGUUAAUAGAUUGACUAUGGAAAAUCGUCGUUUACAAUCGACACCUAAUAUAGAAAUAUCAACAUUACAAGAAGAAUUAACACUUGUUAAAAUGCGCGAUGCUGAAGCUCAAAUGAAUAUGAAUGAACUUCGUCAACGUAUAGCUGAUUUAAAUCGUGAAUGGCAAUUACACGACAGUGAAUGUAAAACAGAUCGUGCAAUGGAAAAUCAUUCAAAUAAUAAUAACGAUGCUUAUGAUUUAAUCGCACAUGAAUUAAUAACAUUAAAAAUGCGUGAAGCUCAAACAGAUUGUGAUAAUAAACUUCUUUCACAAAAAAUCAUGGAUAUUGAAACACAAAAACAAGUUUUACAUAAUCAAAUUAAACGACAAGAUGAUGAAUUACAACGUAUUCGUCUUGAACUUGAUGAAUGUCGAAUACGUGAGAAUGAAUUUCGUAUACAAAUAAAUGAUAUUAAAAAUCAAAUGAAUGAUGGAGUACUAAGACAAAAAGAAGAUUCAAUGAUGUUACGUAUUCGAGAAGCGGAAAGUACUCAAACUGUCGGCGAUUUACGUCAAAGAAUAGCUGAACUUGAAAUUCUAAAUCAAGAAUUAAUAAGUCGUGGUCAAAUCAUGGAUGAUGGUGAUUUUCAAGAUAAAUUUGCUGAACUUCAAGAUGAGGUUGUAGGCCUUCGAUUAAUGCAAACAUUACAACGUCGACAAUCGAUAUCAACAGAUCCUACUCGAAUAGACUAUGAAGAAAGUGAAGAUGAAAGUAUACCUUCAUCUCCAUUAACAUUCUCGAAUACUGACAAUCAUCAUUUAAGUUCUUCAACUGGUAUUUAUUCAAAUUUAAAUAUUGAACCUAAACAUCAUCUUCGUCAAUCAACACCUUCAUUAGCCGUAAAUAAUCUAAAAACACAAUGUGCUACUUCAUCGACUAUACUUUCUUCUUCUCAACCAUCAUCCGUACCAUUAUUUACUAAUUAA